AUGAGAGAUUGGGGCGGUCUGAGCCCGUACGAGUUUUUCUCGCUAGAUCAAUCACUUGACAACGAAGUCGGUGAUCAGUCGGCUGAACUGGCCCAUAUCUACCGAACUAUGUUUCGCAUCACAUUUGUCGUCUUCUCAGUAAUUCUUUUCGUCAGCGCAGCAGUUGUUGAUCGCUCCAAACGGCAAACCUAUAAAUACGAUGAAUCCCUCUUGAAGUAUGCUCAUCCUCACCCGGGAACGAAAGUUCAGCAAGGCUAUUUAGCUCGAUAUGCACCUCAGGAAUGGCCGAAAUGGUAUUCACGGGUAAUGAUGCAAUGGGAUGGCCAGUCAGUGCUUGCACCCUAUGAGCAGCAAGAUGUUCGCUAUCCCGGAUGGCAUGUUUCUCGGAUUAGAGGAUACUAGACUUUUGUAAAUAUAAUUUUAAGCUAUGUUUGUAUAUUGUUAUAUCUUUUUGUUGCAAUUUUGUUUGUAUUUAUUGUCAAAAGUUUUCAUAUGUUUGUGGAACAUGUACUUCAAUGACUGACCUCCCGAACGUGAAAGCAUGAAUCAUUUCGUGUUUCGUGUGACUGUCACGAAGAUUGCACCGACGAAUCGUAAUCUUCUACUAAUAGGCACUUGUACCAAUUAAGAAAUUCUUUGAUUAGAAGAAAAUCGAAGUUUUCGGGUCAAUCAAUGG